UGACACAUAGAGGACACCUGACACUUUACAGGGGAAAAACAUUACAAGAUAGGAGUGAAAUCAGUUACAUCUCAUGAUUCCUUUUGCUGCUGUAUUAAAAUCCACAAACUUCAGAAUGCCAUUUCCCAAAUGUACCUCAAAAAUAACGUUGUAUUUUGUAGCUAUUUAUGUACUUAUUGUACUAAGCCUUCUAACUGGAUAUUUAUUCUACAACAUAGGGAUUGGAUAUUUUCCUGUUUAUAAAAAUAACACAGUCAAAAUUGUAAGAGCUCUGGAACUAAAGGAAAAUAAUCAAAAAACACCAACAUCAAAAUCUAAAGGAUAUUUAAAUAUCACUUUGUUUCCGUAUAUCAUCAAUGAACCAUACAAGUGUAAGGAUCGCAAGCCAUUCUUGAUACUAUUGAUCACAACAGUGGCAAGUGGAAUAGAACAUAGAGAAGCCAUUAGGAGUACAUGGGGAAAUGAAUCCAUUGGGGAUGAGAAAGGAUUGACUAUUAUCCGUUUAUUUUUGUUGGGGGUUGACAACAAUGAAAAUUCCAGUGCAACUGCAAAGGAAAGUGAUAUGUACCAUGACAUUAUCCAGAGAGACUUUCAGGAUACAUACAAAAACCUAAGUAUUAAAACUAUUAUGGGCAUAGAUUGGGUCUCAACCUAUUGUCCCGAUUCAAAGUACAUUAUGAAAACAGAUAGUGAUAUGUUUGUUAACGUAGAACGUCUCCUAACUGAACUUGAACCGGAACUGCCACCCAAACAAAAUUUCUUCACUGGGUUUUUAAUGAAGAAUCCUGUUCCUCACAGGAAUAAAGAAAGCAAAUGGUAUGUGCCACCAUCUGACUAUCCAGAUAAAACAUACCCAGACUUUUGCUCAGGAACUGGGUAUGUGUUCUCUGAGGAUAUGGUUCCAAAGAUUUUAAGAUCUUCAUUUAAAAUAAAAUACUUUUACUUAGAAGAUGUGUUUGUGGCACUUUGCCUUCAAAAAGCAGGAUUUAAAAUUGCAUCCACUCAAAAUAGUUUAUUUUUUAACUAUCGUGUUAAAUUUGAACCUUGUGUCUACUACAAACUCAUUACAUCACAUGGCUUAGAUCCAAAGGAUCUAUUUACAUACUGGAAAACAAUGCAAGAAAAAAAGAUGUAUUGCUAACAUACGAGGAUAUUUUAACUAUAAAUCUUUCUGUAUUUUUAUAUAUUAUUAUGAAUUUCUAUAUUUAAGACGUCUUAUAUAUAUCAAAUGAUCAUAUCUUAAAAUAAACAACAACAAAUCCCAAGCAUUAACUUUAAACCUAGAUACAAAAAACGAAAUCCUUACUGCAUGAGUCAUACAAUUUUGAUUGGCGAAAAAGCAACUUGAAAUAUCUGGGUAUUGAUCUUU